UAUAAUAAAUAAAUAGUACACUCUUCUAACCAACUAUUGUACAUGUUAGCUGUAAGAUGGGCUAUAGGUGACAUGACAUGAGCUUACAGCCGGCAACCGGCUCUACUAUUGUACCUCUUAGUGCGUGAGUAGCUCGGGCUACUGCUACCAGUACCAACACAAAUAAAUCCAUCGUUGCUCGACGGCCGGCGGCGACCAUGGACGAUGCGGCGGCGGUUGCAUCCGAGAAGGGGAGGCGAGAAGAGCCUCCGGAGGCCAUGGAGGAUGCAGCGGCGGCUUCCUCCUCCUCCCAGAAGCGGAGGCGGGACGAGCCGGAAUAGGAAGCGAGAAGGGAUGGCGGCAGCGGCGAGGAUGCGGGCCUCGACCUCGUCAGCGAGCUCUCCAUGGACCUCCGCGGCGUCAUCCUCUCUCGCCUCGCCAACAACAAGGCCGCCGCGCGGACAGCCAUUCUCUCCUCCGCGUGGCGCUACAUCUGGCGGUCCACCCCGCUCAACCUCGCCGUCGACGACGACCUCGCGGGGAAUGAGCGCAACCGCAUCACCGCCGUCUCCGAGAUCCUCGCCUCGCACCGCGGCCCCGUCCGCCGCCUGUCCCUCGAAACCAUCCGUCUUGGCCGCAACCGCUACGCCAGAUUCGACGGCUGGUUCCGGUCCCGCGUCCUCGAUGGCCUCGAGGAGCUCCAGUUCUACGGAGACGGCAUGCCGCCGCGCCUGCUGCCGCUGCGCCCUCUGCCACUGCCGCCAUCCGCGCUACGCUUCGCUCCCACGCUGCACGCCGCCAGCAUCGGCGGCUGCGAUUUUCCCGAGAUUAGUGCGCUUAUCUUCCCUGAGCUGAAGCGGCUGAAGCUCUAUGAUGUCUGCAUCUCGGAGGCGGACCUCCGCCGGCUGCUUGCCGGCUGCAUUGUGCUUGAGGCCCUUGAGCUCAGUGAUAUCCACCGGUUCAGCUUCAGCAGCGUCCAGAUCGUCUCGCCCACUCUCCGGAGUAUCCGUGUCUCUGCGAUUUGGCCUUUUCGCCUCAACGGAGGUUUACAACAAGCGUUUCAGGAGCUUGUCAUCGAGGAUGCACCUUGUCUUGAGAGAUUGACGCAAGUUGGUCCACUGGGUCCAAACAAAAUCAAGAUCAACGCAGCGCCAAAACUGACUCUGUUGGGCUACCUGUUUGGCAACAUCGACAAAUCCGCGACUACCUUUUUCUAUUCUCGUAGUAAGGAUAUCGUCUCCAUCCCAUUCACCGGGUGGUUCUGGAAUCCAUCGGCCCCGAUCUGGAUGCAGUUGUCCGGUUUCUUAGACGCUUUCCCUGUGUGGAGAAGCUGUACAUCCAGUCAUUUCUUAGGAAGAUCCCGCAAAGUGGCACACACAACGAUCCUAUUGACUGCCUUGAUCUGCAUCUCAGAGAAAUAGUAAUCAACGGCUAUCAAGGCAAGAGACGUGAGGUUAACUUUGCCAACUUCUUUAUUUUGCAUGCAAGGGUUCUCAAGGUAAUGAAAUUUGGUGUGCCUGGUAACCGUGACGAGAAAUGGAUGGCUAAUCAGCGAGAGCAGCUACAACUGGAUGACAGAGCUUCUACAGACGAACAGUUUUAUUUCCAAAGAUAUCGUGUUGAGUCCAGCUUUUACAACAACAAGCACAUACAUGAUAUGGGGACGCCUGAUCCCUUUGAUAGCUCGUUCUGUAAAUGCUGUUGACCAGCUUGUUGCCCUUUCAAGAGAUACGCUAGUUAUUUUUGUCGCCUCUUCUAUUCGAAACAUUCUAGCUCUAGGCUCUUUGGAAGUGCGUGUAAAAUAGCUACCUCUUGGUUUAUCAAACUGUUAGGCAAAACCUGGGAAUAUUACAUUAUCAUCAUGUAAUGGAAAUUUCAGUAUUCCCCCCCAA